GCUGAAGCUAAUAUUAAAUACAAGUCAAGAUGGCUCGCUCUCGUCGUUCCAGCGCCCCCACUCGCAAGCCCGCCCCGACCAAGGCUGCGCCCGUCCCUGCAAAGCAGCCUGCCGCUCCUGCCCCUACUCCGGUCAGCGCACCCGCUCCCAGUGUCAGCGGCGGUCUUCUCUCUACUGUCGCUGAGGGAUUUGCGUUCGGAACGGGUAGUGCCAUCGCCCGACAUGGUGUGAACGCCGUCGUCGACUCCUUCAGUGGCUCCAAGGACGAGCCCGUACCUCAGCCCGUCGCUGCUGCUCCUAUUGCUCCCACCACUAAGUCCUCGGCCGCCGUGUGCGCCAGCGACAGUAAGGCCUUCCUGGAUUGCAUCGACCGCAACUCGAACGACGUGGCAGCCUGCCAGUUCUACCUCGAUGCUCUUAACCAGUGCAAACAGCAGAGUGUCAACCUGUAGAAAACCGAUAGACGCGGCGUAGGCAACUUUGUAAUACCUUCAAUACCUUACUACACAAUGAUAUACUACAUAGUACUACCAGUAGUAUCAAUUUAGCCCAGCUACAGUCAAA